GUCCAGCCGUCCCCCAUUCGUCAAAAUCGGCGCGGGGGACGACAGCGACCGCCAUUCCUCCUCCCGACUCCCGUCCUCCCGUCCUCUCUUCACUCCGACGCCUCUCCCUGCUGCUGCUACCGCUAUUGGGAGAGGGGCGGUCCCUCUCGCGCGCGACGCCGAGCCUUCGUGACCGGGACAGGCUACUAAUUCAUAGCGCACCACCCGCCGGCUCGUCCUCGGCCUCGCUAGCGGCCAGCGGAUUACUGGUGGUGGGCAGCGCUUGUGUGUUGUGCAGUCCGUGCGUCUGCUCGCGGGCGAGACCCCUGCGGCCGGCGGCGAUGGGCCAGGACCUCGUCGAGAUCCAACCGCGCGAGCUCCAGUUCACCUUUGAGGUGAAGAAACAAAGUUCAUGUGUUGUCCACCUAAUCAACAAGUCUAACGAAUAUGUUGCUUUCAAGGUUAAAACAACAUCUCCUAAAAGAUACUGUGUUCGACCAAAUACCGGGGUUAUCCUUCCGAGGAAAACAUGUGAAUUCAUAGUUACCAUGCAAGCACUCCGAGCUGCUCCACCAGACAUGCAAUUAAAAGACAAGUUUUUGGUACAGACCACAGUUGUUCCUUAUGGUACAUCUGACGAGGAACUGGUUCCUGCUUUUUUCUCCAAAGAAACUGGCAGAUACAUCGAGGAAAGCAAAUUAAGAGUUGUUCUUGUUAGUGCAUACCAAUCCCUUGAAGAGCAACCGACUAAUGGAAUUCAUGACACCGAGCCAGCUGUUGGAAUUCCUGUACAGAAGGAGAUGCCAAAUAUAGAGAAUCAAGUGCCAGAUGUUUCAAUAGAAGUUCCUGCCCCUCUGGCACAAGCUCCAGCAAUUGUGACUGGAAUACCUUCACCUGUCGAAGAGACUCCAGGCCUGAGAGAAAUUCCUGUGCCACUGAAUGAAGCACCAGCUGUAUUGGCAGAAUCUCCUUCCGCUCAAAAAGACCCCUCUGCUAUUACAGUUGAACAUGCCUCUACUGUUACAAUUGAACAUGCCCCUGCUAUUUCCAUUGAAUCCCCUCCUUCAAAACAAAGCGUUCCAGUUUUUAAGGAAUCUCCUCCUUUGAAACAAAGCGUUGCAGUUUUUAAGGAAUCUCCUCCACUGGAGGAAACUACUCCUAAAGAAGCUGUUAUGCUAAGUGACCGAGGACUUUUCAAUGUGCAAAACCAUCAAUUAUCUCAUGUAACAGAAGAUGUUCAGAAUAUGAAAUCAAAGCUCAACAAUCUUGAAUUAAAAUUGGAAGAGGCUGAAAAGAUGAUAAUAAGGCUAAGAGAAGAGAGCAGAAGUACCACCCAGGAGCGGGAUAAGCUACAGCAAGAAAUGGUAUUCCUAAGAAAGAAGGGAACCCCAAGGAGUCAAGUGGGUUUCCCCUUGCUCUUUGUGGUGUAUGUGGCGCUUCUUGGUACCUCACUCGGUUACCUGCUCCGAAUAUGAGUUCCGAACUCUAAAAAAAGUUCAGCAGCUGGGAUGCUUCUUAUGCGGCAAGAGAAUUGAAUGGCAGUUGAGCUCCAAAAUGUUGGAGAGGUGAAUUUAUUAUUAGCAUUAUUAGUUCAGAACUUCAUAUGGUUUUGCACAUAACAGCAAUGCCAAACUACCAGUUGCCUGUGUAUAGAACAGUUUCUUUUUUUUCGCGUUGUAUAGAACCCACCCAAAAGAUGCCUGCUGCCUUGUAGAUUAACAUGGGAUUCUUCCAUCUGCCUGAGCUUUUCUUUUACAGUUUGCUGGAUUCGCUUGUCCUGAAUCAGAAUUGAUCUAUUUACACCUGGUUUCGUUCAA